AUGUCCUUUCGAAAGGGUCCGCUGACAGAGCCACAACCCUCCCAAACACCGUCGCGAUACGCGCCAUCGACGCCCCACGCGAUCCGCGCUCUCCAGCAGCGAAGCGGAGCACACACACGAUCGGUUCGCAACAGGCGGGCAUAUAGUGCCACCGUGAGGCCUGAGUCGGCGAGGGGGAUCUUAAGGCAGCUAGCUAAACUCACUGCACCGACGACGAACAAGAUAGUGCCUACGCCUGGAACGGUCAAGGGGAAGGAGAAUCAGCCGCCAAAUGGAGACAACGAUGAAAGAUUUGGGAAGAGGCCACGCCUGACUUUAGACAUUGACGAGAGCCUUGAGAGCGUGGAUGCGCCUGACGUCGGGUCUGAAGAAGAUAGUGACCUUCCACUGGCACCUACACCGUCUGUCUUGCUAGACGAAGAUGACGAACGCAGCGACAUUGACAAGGACAAUCCGACCUUUACGCUCAAGUCUAUCAAUUAUGCCGGCGAUGCACAUUUUCCUAGAACUGAGCGGCAUUCGUUAAGACGUUCUUUUCCCGCAUCAGAUCCGGUCAUCUAUCAUGGUGAAGAGGAGUCCACGUUUCUCUCCGAAAGAGGGAGGAGGGCACCUACACAAGAGCCUACAGAAGCACUGUCGCAUUACGAUUUCGGCACGAUUAACAUAGAAGAAGCGAGUUAUCGUGAGCAGUCAAAGAGUCCGGAGAAGACACAAGUUGGCCUUGCAGACUUCAAUACAAGCUACUCACCCGUUGAGGAUGGAGGUAACGAAACUGAGGCGCUGCGACAUCUUCAGGCCUUUCACAGCUCCCCGUCUUUGGGGCCGCCCGACGACAGCAAUGUGGAGAUGCCCACCUUCGACGACACGAACUUCCAGUUACCCGAGCCGGAUCUAGCAGCCACUUCCAAGCAGACGCGAGCCAGCCCAGCAGCAAAAGUGUCAGAGGCAUCGUUCCUGCAGCACGACCCGCAUGAACUCGAGGCCGGCUGGGAGUCGGACGAUGAACAUCAUGAAGAGCAUGAGGUUGACCUGGAGUCAGACCUGGACAAGGAGCCAGAAGCUGAGGCGUUGGCCGAGGCACAGCCACUACCAGCACAACGUAAUACACCCGCAUCAACAACACGCCGGCCAAAGAUGAAGAUAACCCGCCAUGGUGAGAUGGUCCCGUCCUUGCCGUCCAGCCUGAUCAAGCACGUCGCAGUUGCGGCCCAGGAACGUCUGGGCAAUCGCCGCCCCAAGCUUGGAAAAGACCACAUGAAGGCACUUGAACAAGCCACUGAGUGGUUUUUCGAGCAAAUAGGGGAAGACCUUGAGGCGUACUCGAAUCAUGCUCGGCGCAAGAAGCGCAUUGAUCAGAGCGAUGUGCUCUUGUUGAUGCGUAGACAGCGUAUUCUGCAAAGAAAGGGUGAGCUUCUGAAAGCCGCAGAGGAGUUUCUUCCAGAGGAGGUUGUGGAAGAGUUAGAUCUCGAGACAACGUCCGAGACUUGA